AUGGGAAACAAGAAAGAUGGGAAACAUCUGAAAUUUAUAGGUAUUGGGCAUGUGACAGAGCCUGGUGCAGCUGGUCAUCUUCAGGCACUUAAAAUGGGUGCAAAUGAUACUGUUGGCUUUGACGAAGUCCUCAAAGUAGUUAAUCAUCUAUCGACAGAUGGGGAAGCUAAGAAUACUGGACAACACUAUGGACUUUGGAAACUUCUCGAUGAUGAAAGAGAAAAACUUGAUGACAGUUUCCCUCUCCUCAAAUCUAUUUGUGCAGUACAUUCAACUGCAAAUGCAUAUAAAGAUUUGUGUAAGAGUGUGCCAGAAAUUGACCAUUUGGUAAAGAAGCUAUCUGGAAUUGCAACAUUUUUCCAUGCUUCAGCAAAGUGCACUACUGAUUUAGAGAAAGUUGGGGCAAAAGAAGGACUAACAGUAUGCCGCAUCCCGAAAUACUUUGAAGUCAGAUGGUCAGAAUUUACAGCUGCUCUUCUUGAUGCAAUUCUGUGCUCUUGGCAAGCCCUUGUGAAGUUUUUUGAGGAGCAGUAUGAUACUGAAGGGAAUAAAUUCUUGAAACUCCUAACAAAUAAGGAUAAUAUCCUUAUGAUGUGCUUUGUUGCUGAUUUAUUGUUCCUUCUUAAAGUUUUUCAAAAGAAGCUCCAACGUGAUUCACUCACCAUUGUAGAUAUAGAACCAGAAGCAGAAAAGUUUCAGAAGAGUCUUGAUAAGUUGGGCACAAGAUCUUUGUUAGGCGGUUGGGAUUUCAUUCAAAGAAAGUUGGCGUUCAAAGAAAGCAUUCAAAGAAAGGUUUGAUGAAGAAGAAAUACAUUUUGUGGCAUUGAGCUUUGGGAGAAGAAAAGACGCCGUCCAGAAGCGAACUUAUCUGUUACUGACCGCAGAGAGUUUAGUGCUGUACGAAAUGAAUCCAUUUUGGCACUAAAAGAGUUUAUGGACACGAGGCUUAAAGUUGACAAAAACACUUCAAAAUCUUUCACCCCUUUUAUCAAAUUCACAGCAAAUGAGGAUGAAAUAAGAGAUGUUCAUCAGUCUAUUGCUCCUGACCUUAGCUUGGCAAAUUUGGCUAUUCAGUAUCAAGAGUUGCAACAGUGUAAUGAGAUACCAAAAGGCAACCCCCACACAGUCCUGCAGAGCAUUGUUGAAGCAGACGAGGAAGUUGGGGAACAGCAUUAUGCAAACGUGUAUAUCAUGCUUUGUUGCAUUCUGGUAUGCAAGCCACAUUUUGCUGUACAACAAGGUUAAAUCAACUUGUAGAUCAUCCCUGAAACGUCAAACUAUGAGUGACUACCUCUACAUACAUAUAAAUAUGCCACCUUUAUCGACUUUUGAUCCACAACCUGCAACUUUGCAAUGGAUGGAUGAAAAGGAACAUAGGACAAGGAACACUCCAAAAGCAGGAGAGCAAGAGUGGUUCAGCCAUGUUUUCCUGCAAGACAACAGUUUCGAAAAUGAAGAGGCGAAGGAAGUAAAGAGAAAAUUUUAA